GUGAGGAGCGUCGCGACCACAACACCGCCGUCCUACCCGCUACUCCUGCAAUCGCAGCACCCGAACCGACCCGCGCACGCACUCGCACUCGCACUCACAAUGGUCCACAAGGUCCUGUUCUGGAGCGGUCUCGGCAUCGCCGCACGACUAUGGCAGCUCGGCAUUGAGAUGCGCCCGCUGUUCAACCGCGAGUCGCUCUGGGUCUACCCCGUCUAUGCCGGCAUUGGCGGCAGCUUCGGCUACUGGCUGAUGGGCGUCGAGCACCGCCAAUACAAGUACCUGGCUAGCCGCCGCGACACAUUGCUCGAGAAGCGCGCAAGGAGGAAGGAGCGCGAGGAGGCCGAGCACUCCUAGACAAGAUGCACCCUAGACAGGAUGCACGUCUGCACCCGCGCCGUGGAUGCUGUGCGAGAGGGUAAUCAGAGACAGGAGGCAGGCCAUUGGCUGUCCUGUGCUGCAUGUGAUGAGACACGAAGCGUGCGACUGAGCUCGAAUCUGCAGCAUUCGUUCGCCAGACUCAAUGGCACGCUGGGGCACGUCUACACGUACGGCAGGAGAGAGGGCGUUACUUUUGUACUCUUAUCGUGCGUUCGAGCUGGGGACUCGCUCUGUACAAAAUCCUCGAAACAAAGAAUACAAAAAUACCUGUUCAAACCGAAAGCAUG